AUGGAAUCUCUGUCUCCCGAUUUUUUGCUGAAGAUGCCAUUUAUGAAUCCUAAAGGCAUGUCGACCCUUGGACACACUUUCAGAAAUUUCGACCAGACGAUACUCACCGUCAAGGUCGGAAAAGGAGAAUACCCGGAAUCGUUCAGUUGCCACCGAGAGCUACUAAGAAGAUGCUCGACAUACUUUGAUAAAGCCCUGCAACAGCAAGGCUCGUCCCCUUACAAGAGAGAUGGAGAUGCCGGCCUCGAGCUCGAGGACACCAACCCGGAUGUGUUUGACGCCUUCAUGAUGUGGCUCUACACGGGCUACAUCCCACACCAUUUGAUCGAAGGCAACAAGGAAACGAAGCCGCCCUCACAUUCAAUUGAUCUCAACCGUCCCAGCACUGAUGACGCCACCUCUGAAUCAGACCAAAAAGACGAACCUGCCCCAGACGACGUCGACGCAGUAUCAUGGGGCAUCAGCCUCGACAACGACGACCCACCCCCACCAGAGCCCCAACAACAACCCCCAUCGACCGAAGAGCCCACACCCAACGCAGAAAACGGCGCUGAAAAAGUCCCCGGCGAGAACGAAAGCGAAAAAUCCGCCUCAAUGAUGCCCACCCCUCCCAUCCGCCUCACGGGCAUCGAAAAACCAGAAGCCCCCAAAGAAACCCUCUGCCCCUGCUGCUCGCGGCCCUACAAGUGGCGCGGCCUCGAAGGCUUCCUAGAACGGCGCUUCAUCUCGCUAUACAUCUUUGCGCACCGCUACGAGAUCCCCAAGCUGCGCCGCGCCGUGCUCCUCGCGUGGCAAACCAACGACGAGAUCCUGCAAUCGAUGCCCGACCACAGCAACGUCAUCGACGCCUACGAGAGCCUGCCCUCGGACUCGCCGCUGUGCAGGUACUUCCUCGACAUGUACAGCGUGUACUGGAAUCCGGACAAGGACAACGAGCGCAUGUCUGCGCUGCGCUCGCAGCUGCCCCAGCCGUUCCUCUUCGAGCUCGCCACCACGCUGGCGAAAGGCGAGCGGCCAAAAUCAGAGAAGGAUUGGUGCGAGUGGCAUGAGCAUGAGGAUGACGCGGCCAAGAAGGCGUGCACCGAUGAGAUGAUGAAGGAUCCCGCUGCUGCGAAGGCUAUUAAGCGCUUGAGAGAUACAAAGGGGUGGAAGGGUCUUGUGAUGAAGAAGGGGAAGAGAUGA